AAAUGUAAACCGUGUUAGUUCAUGUUGGUAUAUUCGCCCAGAUGGCGGCUAUGUCGUAUUUGUGACGUCACAUUGGGAAAUAUGGCUGAAUAAUCACGCAGAGGAUGGUAUUUCGUGCACACGAGUAAUUAUCUGUAAACACGUUUCCUCGCACGGUUAUUUUUUUGACACCAAAGAAAUCGAAUCGCUCGAAUACAUUGACGUACACAGGAAAGAGAAAGGAUUUUAUACAUAACUGUUGCGUGAUUGGAUGCUGUCUUCAUAUCUAAUAUGGCAAAAGUUAAUUGGAUUUGCAUUGUACCAGGAUGUAAAUCAAAUUCAAGAGCCCCUGGUCAUUUUUUUCCAAAAAAUGUCACGUUAUCGUGUAAGUGGAAAGAAGCUAUUAAUAAUAAUAUUAUUUCAAAUGUUUCAUCAGAAGAAUUAAGGAAAUACAGAGUAUGUCAUGUGCAUUUCUUGCCUGAUGAUUACAUUUAUUCUCAAAAUCGUCGAAGAUUGAAACAUAACGCUGUGCCCAGCGUAAAUAUAUAUAAUAUAGAAACAAAUAUAGCAGAAACACAUGAUACAAAUAUAACUGAACUGCAUUCACAAUUUGAAAUAAGUGAAGUUUCUGAUUUAUUAAAUGAACAAUGUGGAACAAGUACACAAACAAAUGCAAAAUCUAAUAAUGAGUUGCAAUCUAAAAUUAGCAUCAAUAUAAAUGAAAUCUCUACAAGUAAUAUAGAAUGUGCAGAAACAAAUGUGCCACAAAACAUUCCAAAUGGCUCAAUAAAUGAAGCAAUUAAUCAUCCCAGCGCACAAAAAAACAUCAAGAAGUAUACUUGCUUCUAUUAUCAGACAAUCCCUAUUAACACCAAAUGCACGAAAAAUAUACAGAAGAGCUGUAAUGUUAGCAAAACAAAGAAACCAGAUGAAAGCACAAAUAGUACGUUACAAACAGCUUCUAAAAGAUGCAAAAAAAUUUGCAGAUACAAAAUUUUGCAAUAAGUUUAAUACUUUAACUCCAACGCAAAGAUUAUUUUGUAAUAUGCAAUUAAAGAAUGUAAAGUAUUCUCCUAAGGUAAAUUGUAGAAGAUUUUUUAAUGAACUAAAAUCUGCAUUACAUUCAACGUGUCCAGAACGAAGUUCAAUAUAUUUGAAAAAUAUACGCUUUAAAUUACA